AUGCAAAAUUAUCUUUGGAUUAAUAAAUAGAAAAGAGAGUAAGUUUAUAAUAUUAUUAAGUAAGUGUGGGACAAGGAGAUAUUAAGUUUUAGUAUUAUCAAUUUUGGUUUUUAUAGAUUUAAAUGAUGGAUGUGAGCUAAAUUUAGUGA